CUUGCUUCGGUUUACGUGGUCUUUUUGACAGGAAUAUAAAUUGCUAACUGUUCAAACAAAGUUGUAACACUCAGGCUCUAUCUCAGCAACCUUCAUCGAUGGUUAGAUGUCAGGAACCACAGCUACCGUCCACAGCUUCAGACUCCCCUGGGAACAAAGACGAACGUCAAGAUGAAUGCCAGUCAGGGGUCAGUUCCGGCUUACUCUAGCGGAGUAAUAACAUCAUGCAAUUUGUCACACUACUACUAUGGCGGGGACUACAACACAUUCGAUACAUCGCUUUAUCUGUCGGAUUUGGAUGCUGAUCUAUACCUCGACCUGAGUCCACUGAACAUCGCUUUGAUCGUAUUGUACGGAUUUAUAUUCCUGAGCGGAUUAUUCGGAAAUAUAAUUGUGAUAAUUUCAAUCAUUCGCUUCAAAAGUCUGAGGACAUUGACAAACUAUUUACUUCUGAACUUAACAAUUGGAGAUAUUUUAGUUAUCAUCGUGUGCAUUCCUCUAACGUUGGGUUCAACAAUUUACAAAAAGUGGGUUUAUGGAGAAAUGCUGUGUAAAUUAUUUCCCUUUCUACAAGGGUCUGCCGUAUCAGUGUCUGUUCUCUCCCUUUUGUUUAUAACCGGAAGCAGAUAUGUUGCUAUUUAUAGACCGCUUGUGUCAAAACUAGUAUUUUCGAAACGAAAUGUUCGGAUAAUGAUAUUUUUCAUUUGGUGUGUUUCUUUUUCUGCUAUGUUACCUUUGUUGGUAGUGAAUAGAGUACGACAUGAAAUCGAACUGGAAAUAUUUGAAAGUGUUAUUUGUGAAGAAAAAUGGAACAGUUUAGACGACAAAUUCAUAUUCAAUGUGUUUAUAUUUAUAAUCUUGUUUGUUUGUCCAUUUAUUCUUAUGACAAUUUGCUAUAUUGUUAUUGGAUAUACGCUUUGGUACUCACGAAAAUGUUUUGUGAACGAAAGUUCAUGUCAAAAAAACAAGAACCAAAUCAUCUUACGACAAAGACGACGAACAGUUAAAAUGCUUGUUUGCAUUUUAGUUACAUUCGGCAUAUGUUGGCUACCAUACUUCGCUGUAAAUUUCUGGAUAGAUGCCAAUAUCGGCGAUGCGUCCAAAUCGGAAAUGAUGUCAGCGGUAUAUACAUACAUGUUUCCUCUUGUAAUCUUAUUUGGACUUUCCAACUCCGCAGUAAAUCCGGUGUUUUAUUACAUAAUGUGUCGCGGAUUUAGGCGAAGCUUCAAUACAAUAUUGUGCAGUGGAUUGCUCAAACGAGGGGAACAGCUGUUGAGACAGUCGAUAAAAAGAAAACACACAAUGAGUGAAAGUGUCGAUACAGCCCAGCUUUAAAUAUUAAUUAAAUGCACUGGCAGAAUGGAGAUAAACAAAGUGUGAACUAAUGAAAACGCAGACAAGUAUUGAAUAUAUAUCAUAUAAUGUAACAGUUGUAAGGUGUUAUUUAAAGAAGUUGUAAAAUGCUAACGGUGAAAGGUAAAUAAGAAACAGAAAAUUGCCUGGUUUAUGACUAAUAAGUCGAACAAUGCAGACACAUACAAUUUUAUAAUUUAACACAUUCGUUGCAAUGCAUUUGAGUAAGAGAAAUGUUAAUUUUGUUCGCAUAAAAUAAAAUGGAAUGUGUUAUUGUUAUACCGUCUCCAAUUAAGUAAGGUGAAUAAUCAUAAAGUUUAAUUAUGGUAUACAACAUAUUUUAAUUGUUAAUAUGCAUUGUUAUGUUUUGUUAUAUUUUGUGUUAAACUUUA